GAGAAAAGAGACUGGAGUCUGAGAGUAUGUCAAACGUGACCGCCUCAAUCCCCUAUUCCACCACACCGAUCAUAUUGCCUUGCACAUUCUUUUCACCAUGUCUGACCCCAUGAACUUCGGCGACAUGUCCAAUGAUGAGAUCCUUCAACUUCUGGCAUACACUAAUGCUUCACCUCCUCUGGAAGCCAGCAAGCAGAGCCCAAGCCAGGACUACCUCGGUUACACUAGCCUCGCAUCGUUUCCUUCAAACAACACAAUGGAUUACCCUUCCACGGCUAUUCAGCAAUCCUCGAACAAGGCUAACACAUGGAACGGCUACGCGGCCAACCCUUCUGGGUAUGCAUCAGCCUCCGUCGACCCGACAGAGAAACGAAACAUCAUAACGAGUCUCGACCGUAUCGAGGCGGUCAUGGAGUGGAUUCACGAAAGCCAGAACAGACAAGAUGCGCGUCUCGCAAAGCUGGAAGACAAAGUCGACCAAAUCAAGGAGGAGCUGGCCGAGAUAAACCAGUAUUUGACGGACCAGGCGAUGAACUGCAGCCGCUGCGAC